AGUGUCAUCACUGCCAUGUCAAUGUCAGUCAGUGUCGAAAAAACAACAACAGAACACGAACACAAAUCAAAAAACUCCACAAAACACUACAAGAUUCGCUGGUCGCUCUUUUUCAAUUCCCAAAUAAUUUAGCCGAAAACCAGAUGUUGAGCGGCUUCUGAACUGUUCCAGUAAAAAGGCGAAAAUGAGAUUUCUAGGCAUAUCGUUUGUUAGUUUCCUUUUGACUGCUCUUGUGGUGGCAAAUGCCUACUACCAGAAAAAACAGUUUUAUCCCUCUGUGGUUUACAUCACAAAAUCUAAUCCUAGUAUGGCUGUAAUUUAUAUACAAGCGUUUAUUGGAGUAUGGAUAAUGGGAAAGCUAAUGAGGAAGAUAUUUUUCGGACAGUUACGCUCAACAGAAUUUGAGCAUUUAAUGGAAAGAUCUUGGUACGCAAUUACAGAAACAUGUUUAGCGUUUACUGUAUUCCGAGACGAUUUCACACCAAAAUUUGUGGCUCUCUUUACGCUUUUGCUAUUUUUGAAAUCCUUCCACUGGCUGGCAGAAGAUAGAGUGGACUAUAUGGAAAGAAGUCCGGUCAUAAGUUGGCUCUUCCACAUAAGAGUUUUAAGCCUGCUCCUACUUUUGGGCGCGUUAGACAUGCAUUUCAUUGCGCAUGCAUACCAAUCCACAGUUACAAAGGGAGCUUCAGUACAGCUUGUCUUUGGUUUUGAAUAUGCAGUCCUCAUAACAGUCGUUAUAAACAUAGGCAUAAAAUACGCACUACAUUCAGUGGACCUCAACAGCGAAACUCCAUGGGAUAAUAAAGCAGUAUUUCUCCUUUACACUGAAUUAGUAAUGGGGCUGAUUAAAGUUAUUUUGUAUGUGGCGUUUGUAGCUAUAAUGGUACGAAUUUAUACUUUGCCAUUGUUUGCUUUCCGCCCCAUGUACUAUACAAUAAGGAACUUUAAGAAGGCGUUUAGUGAUGUUAUACUGUCUAGACGGGCUAUACACAAUAUGAAUACUUUAUAUCCAGAUGCUACGCCAGAAGAAUUGGCAGCAGCUGACAAUGUUUGCAUUAUUUGUCGCGAGGAAAUGGUUACUGCUUCGAAAAAGUUGCCUUGCAAUCACAUUUUCCACACUUCCUGCUUGAGAUCUUGGUUCCAACGUCAACAAACCUGCCCAACAUGCCGUUUGAAUAUUCUACGAACUCCUGCUCCACCAACGAACAAUAACAUUCCAGGGGCCCAAGUGCCGCCCCAGAACGCCGCUCAAAACCAGUUCCUUAACAUGUUUGCCGCUGCGGGCCGCCCCAAUCCAUUCCAUUUAUUUAACCAACCGCCCGCGGCAGGAGUCAACGCCGCCCCUCGGCAGCCGCCAAAUGCUGCCGGAGCACAACCACAAGCGCCAGAACAGCCUCAGCCAGCUGGAACUGCCCAGCCAGGCCAAGGGCCUAAUAAUCAUGUGCCUCCAAAUUUCAUGCCACCAUUUGGGUUUCCUACGUUUCCAUUUCCAAUGCCCUUCAUGGCUCCGCCCCCAAUGCCUCCGGCUAAUUUGACUACUUUGUCCGAAGAAGAGUUGCGGAAUUUGGAGGGGAACGAAAGGCAACAUAUUGAGGCUAGGAUACAGUGUUUGAGGAAUAUCCAGACUCUCCUUGACGCCUCUGUCCAAAUGAUGCAACAAUACAGCGUUGCCGCUAGCAUUGCUACGGCAUCUACAAAUCGUCCUCCUCAGAGUGAGGCCAAUUUGGCUAAUAACAGCACUACAAGCCCAAAUUCAGCUAAUCCUCGCCCAAGCACAAGUGCAACAGAGACUACAGCUAAUUCUCAGAAUGAUAUGAAUGGGGCUGGAGUUAGUAAUAGUGAGGAUGAAGCGGCAAAAGUUGCAACAAGUAGCAAAUCGUCACUGAUGGUCGCUGAAGAAAGAGAUAGUGGGGAAACAGGAGUGCCUAGCACAAGUAAUGGAAAUAGUACAUUAUCACCUGAAGAAGUUAUCAGAAGAAGAAGGUUGCAAAGGUUUCUUCAGCAAGAACAAGAGCAGCACUAGAAUUAAGUAUAAUAAGCGCCAAGAAAUAGUAAUUCCCUGACUAAUGCAGAAAGUAAUACUUUCCCACGAAUAAAAGAGUCGGGGUUUUGCAUGAGUUAGGAAUAUCAUUUUUUUCACAAGGGCGUUUGAAAAUUUUAAUGUAAAAAAAAAUCGACUGGACACAUUUUUGUUUUAAGCUGUUAAAAUAAAAUUUACAUGAAAAAAUAGGUUUUUACUAUUUAUACUUAGAUUUUUUGUGAUAUUCCUUUAGAGAAAGGUAAUGGGGCAACCAAUUUUUUCUUUAACAUUAUUGCUUUUAUUAUAUUGUUAUUAAUUGUUUCUGUUUAGAACAGGAUUCCUCAUCAAGAAAGUUUGGUUUUCGAUAUUUUUAGCUUAUAUUUUGUAAAUAACUAGAAUUAUUUAUACAUUCGAGAAAAAUGUGCUAAAAAUGUUGAAAACAACGAGUUUGUACUAUUAACUGUUGUUGGCAAAAUCCUAUCCUUUCGGUUAUCAGUUACAUUCAACUGAUAUCUUAAACUGAAAGUUUAUUGAGGAUUUAUUUUCAAAUUACGUUUAUUCAGUUUUAUUUAUUAAAAAUAGUAAUUAAUAUAUUUCUUAAAUGUACAAUUUUGCUGUUUUUAUUUGCCAAAAAGUAACUAGGACCAACAUUUAUAAAACGAUUUGCUGGUUACUUCUUCAUUCAAAGUUUCCAAUUUAUUUGUUAGUGCAGCUAGAACGGUUGGCAAGUCUCUUUGAUGUUCUAUUAAACUCUAAGAAUAAAAAUUGAACACUUUACAAAUAUCUGGGUUCUCCAACUCACUUUUGUUAUAGUCAAUGUUAAAUUGGACAUUUCUAAUUGAACUUGUAAAUCAUUACUCUUGAAUUCCGGAAAUAUAUUUGGAGCUACCACAACUGCCAUAUUUUGUGAAGUCAUUUUGUUUGAUCCAGAUUGUUUUGUUACUUCAUUGAAAAAC